AUGCCGGGCGAUCAUGAUUCCGAUCACGAUCACCGCCACCAUCAACAGAAUCGCCCGAAUCGCCUCUCUGUUCCGGCCAGACCCACCGUUUCUUUCACUCCUCCGGCCACCGCCGGCGUCACAUCUCGAGCCUACCCUUCAUCUUCUCCAUACGCCUACGCAUCCACCCCAACUCCGACCCCGUCGAAGCAACGGCUCUCUUCCGCUUCCUUCUCCUUCAAAUCUUCUUCUUCUUCCUCCUCCAAAUCGUCAAUUUCAUUUCUAUUCCUUUUCCUCUUCUCCCUCCGCUCCCUUUACUCUCUCCUCCCAUUCCUCCGCUCAUCUCCUUCCUUCUCCCUCUUCCCUUUCUCCUUCCUCGUCUCCCUCCUCUCUUUCCUCCUCUCCCUCUCUUUCUCUCUCUUCUCCGCCAAAACACCUCUCGCUCGCCUCAGAAACCCCAACAGCAGCUUCAAAUCCAAUCAAACCCCUGUUUUCUCCCUCUCCACCCUCUCCCCAUCCCAGCAUAAGCUCCUCUUCGCCAAAUCGAUUGUCCUCGCCGUUGUCUUUCUUCUCAGGUUCCAGGCUCUCAGGUACUGUGGGACUGCGGCCAUGAUUCUGGCUGAAUUGUGCGGCAACAUUGUGGCCCGUGUUCUUUCUCUGGGGAAAAGGCAUAAAAUUGGUGCGGCAACUCUGGAUGGGAAUGGUAAAAAGCUUGCUGGGUUUUUGGCUCUCUUUGUUGGCUUGUUCUUGUUGGCUAUGAGUUGGGAUCGUAGUGAAUGCUUCCCUUUUUCGGCUUCCUAUGUGGGUAAAUUUGGGUGGUCGUUGAUUCCUAGAGAGAAUUGCAUUAGAAUUUGGCUGAUGCUGCUUCCAUUUAUGUCUGGGUUUUUGGGGUCUUACGAGCGUGUUUCGAUGAAUUGGAUAGCAAUCAGGCAGCUGGGACAAGCUCGAGUUAGAUUGGUGUCAUUGUUUUAUACCACCCUUCUGCUAUUCAUUCCUGCCCUUGUGAGCUUUGCCAUGCUUGAAGCUGGUGAUCAGGGUGUUUCAUUUGGGAGCUUAGGAUGGCCGUUGGCUAACACGGUUGUUUUUGGAGUGCUACUGAGUGAGAGUUACGCUGAUGAGAAGCUGGUAACUUCUAAAGAUUUCCAGAAGGAUUUUUCAGUAACAUUUGUUUGCACAAUUGUCUUGGAGCUGUUCUACUUUCCCGAGCUUUCACUUUGGGGGCUACUGAUAUGUGGGUUGCUGCUGUAUAUCGGGGUUAGAAGGCUGGAUCAUGUUAAUUCGGAUUAUCUCGAGUUGGGGAUGCAAUCUUCUGAGUCAUAUCGUAAUUUGGUUACCAAUCCGUUACGCCAUAUUUUGAGUGAGAGGAAGUCUAGGAAGAUUGCACUGUUCCUUUUGAUCAAUGCUGCCUAUAUGGUUGUUGAAUUUGUUGCUGGGUUCAUGAGCAAUAGUCUUGGACUGAUAUCAGAUGCUUGUCACAUGUUGUUCGAUUGUGCUGCUUUGGCUAUCGGUCUUUAUGCCUCUUAUAUUGCAAGACUACCCGCAAAUGAGCAGUAUAACUACGGCCGUGGAAGAUUUGAGGUUCUAUCUGGAUAUGUGAAUGCGGUUUUCCUGGUUCUUGUUGGAGCAUUAAUAGUUUUAGAGUCUUUCGAGAGGAUAUUGGACCCUCAGGAGAUAUCAACCAACAGCUUGUUAGUUGUUUCUGUUGGAGGCCUUGUGGUUAAUGUUGUUGGUUUAAUCUUCUUUCAUGAGGAGCACCAUCACGCUCAUGGUGGUGGGUCUGGAGGUUGCUCACAUUCUCAUGGGCAUUCACACUCCGAUCAUCAUCACCAUUCACAUGAUCAUGGGGUUCAUGAAAACCAUCAGGAGUCCAUAUCCAUUUCACAUAGCUCUCCUGAGACAUCAUUGACCCAUCAACACAGUGGUAGCAGCUGCACCCAUGAUCAUGUUCACCAUCAUGAUAAUCAUGACAACCAUGACAGCUCCCAUUGCCAUGAGCACAACCAUGAUCACACUCAUCACCACCAUGAAUCCCAUGACCAUCAUCACCAUCCUGAGUCUGCUGUGCAGGAGCCAGAAAAGCACCACGAUCAUCACCAUGUUGACCACAAUAUGGAGGGGAUUUUUCUGCAUGUGCUGGCAGAUACCAUGGGAAGCGUUGGUGUGGUCAUAUCGACGCUCCUUAUCAAGUACAAAGGGUGGCUUGUUGCUGAUCCAGCAAGCUCAAUUUUCAUUUCAGCUUUGAUCAUAUCGUCGGUAAUUCCAUUGCUGAGAAACUCUGCAGAGAUCUUGCUCCAGAGAGUUCCAAGAGCGCAAGAGAAGCGUUUGAAGGGAGCUCUGGACGAUGUCAGAAGGAUCAAGGGGGUACGUGGCAUUCAGACCUUCCACAUUUGGAGUUUUACUAACACAGACGUUGUUGGGACGCUUCACCUCCAUGUUUCAGAGGACACGGAUAGGACUUCCUUGAAGAGACGGGUUUUGCAAAGGUUCAAUGAUUUUGGGGUCAAGGAUCUGACUAUCCAGGUUGAGUGCAUUAAGUAA